AUAACUCACCUUCCUCUCAUCACCAAACCCUGCCUGCCUGUCUGCCUGUCUGCCUGCACACCUGUCUGUCAGUCUGUAUAUCUGCCUACCUGUCAGCAUUUCUGCCUGUGCUUUUCUGCCUGUCUGUAUAUCUGCCUACCUGUCUGCAUUUCUGCCUGUGCUUUUCUGCCUGUCUGUCUGCCUGCCUGAGUGUAUCUCUCACAAUCUGCCUGCCUAUCUGUCUUUCUGCCUGCCUGUCUGCCUGUAUAUCUUCCUGUCUGUCUGCCUGCCUAUCUGCCUGUAUAUCUGCCUGUCUGUCUGCCUGUCGGCCUUUCCGUCUGCCUGUCUGCCUUUCUGUUUGCCUGCCUGUCUGUCUGUGUGCAUAAAGGAGAACUCUUCAGAAUUGUAAUUAUGUCUUGACAACCCUCCUUCCACUUCAGCGCGCAGACAUGGUUUGGGGUUUUUCACAGCGUUGGUGGUUGGAGACACUGCAUGCACUUGGCGGGUGAUGAACAAAAUGAAUAGGAAUGCAUUGAAUUUGAAGCAGUUUAAACGUGUUCGUGAGAAUGUGAGAGAUUGUGUGAACACCUCGCCUAAUCCUCUUAAAAGACUGCAGGUAUUAUGCUGAGCCGUGGAGAGGAGGUGUGAGCUGUCAUCCUGCGGUGCGCCCUUGUAGCUCCUCACCAAAAACUAGAGUCAGCAUCUCUCAACCCAAUCCCUUUACGUUAGCGCACACAGCUGGAGAGAGAGCUCGCGUCUAGAUCACCUCUAUCACAACAGCUCAGCGAUUAAAGGUUGGCGCUGGGACAUCAUGCCAGGACUAUGACAUUAAAACAGACUGUGCUGAAGAUGUGUGCUGACCGCUCGCUCAACUGCAUUAUUUGGCCAACUAAUGCUACUGGACCUGUUCCCAUAAGCCUAACCAUGCAUCUGACACGGGCCUAAUCUCCCGCAGUGGGAUUCAAGACCCCUCUGGCAGCGGGGAACAAUGCAUUUACCACAAAGACGGAGACUCAACCGGAGUCGCAUCCUCUUCUUCCUCUGUGGUGUAUUACUGUGCUGCGUCUACACCGUGACGUUCAAGGCCCGGCUGCAGGAGCCAUGGGUGGGCCGCCAGGCCGCAGCAGAGGAGGAUCCUGGGACAGCACUCCCAGAGGAAGGGGGCGGUAAUGAUAGCAGUAGUGUUCUGGAGGUAGACACACGAGAGGUGGUGACCUCUAACCCCUCUAGCCUAACAGAGAGCUAUGAUGAUGACGUCAUCACCAGGGCUCCUACUGUGCUGGAGGGGGAUGACGUCAUGGUGAUAACUGUCAACAGGACGGACAUUAAGCACUGUAUCUACGUAGAGGACCCUGAACCCGAGCGUCCGACUGAACCUCCUCCCACCUCCCCUCCUCCUAACACCACCACCUCCCCGGGUCUCCCUGGAGACGUCCCCCACAGGAAGGGAGAGUACCCAGAGGACCUGUUCACGGUGGACCAGAGGAGGCAGGGCUGGGUGACCCUCCACAUCCUGGGCAUGGUCUACAUGUUCGUCUCCCUCGCCAUCGUCUGUGACGAGUUCUUCGUCCCGGCGCUCGGCGUCAUCACCGUGAAGCUCGACAUCUCCGACGACGUCGCCGGGGCGACCUUCAUGGCUGCAGGAGGCUCUGCCCCCGAACUGUUCACCUCUCUGAUUGGCGUGUUCAUCUCCCAUAGCAACGUGGGCAUCGGGACAAUCGUGGGGUCGGCGGUGUUUAACAUCCUGUUUGUCAUCGGGAUGUGUGCCAUCUUCUCCAGGGAGAUGCUCCACCUCACCUGGUGGCCCCUGUUCAGAGACGUCUCCUUCUACAUCAUAGAUCUGAUCAUGCUGAUCGUGUUCUUCUUGGACAACACCAUCAUGUGGUGGGAGAGCGUAAUGCUGGUGUCGGGUUACGUGGCCUACGUCUGCUUCAUGAAGUUCAACGUGCAGAUCGAACACUUCGUCAAGACGCAGAUCAACAAACACAAGAGCAUCGUGAAGAUCAUCAUGCCAGAAGAGGAGGAGGAGAAGGAACCCAAGAAGCAGAACAGUGGACCUCCACCACCUGUUUCACCAGAACCCAAACCACAACCUCAAGACUCACCCCAGAAGAGAGACAGAGAAAAGCUGAAGGUGAAGCCCACUCUCCAGAGAGGAGGGAGUAAUGCGUCUCUCCACAACAGCACCAACAGAAACACCAUCUUCCAGCUGAUGAUCCACACACUGGACCCGCUGGGAGAAGAGACAGGCUUUAGCAGAGAUGUUAGAGGCCCUGGUCAGAGGAGAGUUAGACAAGAAACAACAGCCUUUAAUGGGGAGGUCAGGACUGAGGUGUCGGUGCAGGGGAAAGCUGGACCUGAGAAGACUGAGCAGGCCGAACCCUCGACCUCCCAGACCACACCUAAAGAAGAGGAGAAACCAGGCCCGUCAGAGACUCAGACGGACCAGGGCCCAGCGGGCGCAGGGGGAUCCGACGGCUCAGACAGCGGUGAGGAGGACGAGAGCGAAGAAGAGAGCGAGGAUGAGGAAGAUGAGGAUGAUGAAGACGAUGAUGAUGAUGAGGAAAAUAAAGAAGAGGAAGAGGGUGAAGAGAAUGAGGAGCCUCUGUCGUUAGAAUGGCCAGACACCAGACGUAAACAGGCCACAUAUCUGUUUCUCCUACCGAUAGUGUUCCCUCUGUGGCUCACUGUGCCCGACGUACGCAACCCGGCUUCCAGAAAAUACUUUGCCAUGACGUUUAUUGGCUCCAUCACGUGGAUCGCUGUGUUCUCCUAUCUAAUGGUCUGGUGGGCUCAUCAGGUGGGGGAGACCAUAGGCAUCUCAGAGGAGAUCAUGGGGCUGACCAUCCUGGCAGCAGGCACCUCCAUCCCUGACCUCAUCACUAGUGUCAUCGUGGCCCGUAAAGGACUGGGAGACAUGGCUGUGUCCAGCUCAGUGGGAUCCAACAUCUUCGAUAUCACUAUGGGCCUGCCUGUCCCAUGGUUGAUCUUCUCGGCGAUGCAAGGCGGUGUACCGGUGGCGGUGAACUCCAACGGUCUGUUCUGUGCCAUCGUGCUCCUCUUCGUCAUGCUCCUCUUCGUCAUCAUCAGCAUCGCGGCGUGUCGGUGGAAGAUGAGCCGUGUUCUGGGCCUCACCAUGUUCAUGCUUUACUUCGUGUUCCUGGUGCUCAGUGUGAUGCUGGAGGACCGUGUUAUUAUCUGCCCCGUCUCCAUCUGAGGUCAGAGGUCAGACACCAUUAUGUUAGCUUCAGGAAUGUUUAUUUAUUUAUUUUUUACUAAGAUGAAACUGAAUAUGUUGUACUGUACAGAGCAUUAUGGGUAUUGUAGUACAUUGUACUACAAUGAGGGAGGGGAAAAAGGCGUGUCAGGAAGUCAUUUAAAUAAUCACCGCGCAACUGUGUCGUCAGUCACUAACAUUCAUGGCUGUGACGGUAUAGGGAGCGGAUUCCCCAGUGUUACUGUUGACAGAGGGGAUUCCCCAGUGUUACUGUUGACAGAGGGGAUUCCCCAGUGUUACUGUUGACAGAGGGGAUUCCCCAGUGUUACUGUUGACAGAGGGGAUUCCCCAGUGUUACUGUUGACAGAGGGGAUUCCCCAGUGUUACUGUUGACAGAGGGGAUUCCCCAGUGUUACUGUUGACAGAGGGGAUUCCCUAGUGUUACUGUUGACAGAGGGGAUUCCCCAGUGUUACUGUUGACAGAGGGGAUUGUGUUGUCUAUGUUGAAUCAGUGGACACCUCCAUGGUUGGACUAUUUCUGGUCUCUUUCACCAGAACUGACGUGCAACAGUAGAGGUUGUCUGUCCACAACUACUGAAGAGAGACUCUUAUCAGAACUGACGUGCAACAGUAGAGGUUGUCUGUCCACAACUCCUGAAGAGAGACUCAGUAAUUGUAGAAGUUGUCCAGCCACACACACACACAUCCAUGUUAGUGUUCAUCCAUGUAAAAAAAAUGUCAAUACAGCCAUUUCUUUUAGAGUUAAAAAAAAAAACCCGACAACAAAAAAACUGGUUUAUCAGGUGCAGAGAGGUACAGCAGCUUUUGAGUUCUCAUGUAAAUGAUUCUGUGUCUAGAAAACCCAGGAAUGGUGUAGUUCAGGUACACGACCCAGAUGUAACCUUUAUUACAUUAACCGUCAGCGUUGUAGUGUCAUGUGUUAUGUAUGUAUGCAAUACACUUGUGUGGUUCAGAUGGAUGCAAAGAGAAUGUAUUGAUGUAUAGUCAACUAUUCAUAUGUUGUACUUACAAUCCAUGCAGCAAUUAAAUCCUUUUUUAAAAUAA